CUCACACGCAGCUGCCGCGGGCUGGCCAUUGGAGACGCUUCAUACUGAGCAGCAAAAUGGCCGCCCGUCAACUCACCGACUCCACGGCGCUUUGAAAUUUCAAAUUCUUCUGCACACAAGGGGGGUUUACACUAUAACAACGCGCCGCUGUCCUCGGAGCCUCGACGAAUGCCUCAAAAAGAAGAGAAAAAAAACCCCGCACUGAAGCACUUUAGCUAAGCGAGCUAGCUAGCUUAGCACGCUAGCUCCCCUUCAUAUAUGAUUCUCGAGAAAGGCAUAUCAGGACAGGAGCAGUAGUUCAUGGAAGACAAGAAAAGGAAAAAAGACGACAAAAGGAAAAGGGAAGCCUCUCAGAAGGUUGCAGAACAAAAAAACAAAGUGCCAGACUUGACCAAGCCGGUGUCUGCCCAGUCUCCUGCCACUCAGAGCAGCUCUGCCUCCCCUAGCCCUGGACCCACCCCCUCUGCCUCCCCAUCCCCAGCCACCUCAGGCCCUGGCAGUGCUGCCAUCCCGUCACAGGGCGGCAACAAUGCCAAGCGCCUGGGGGUGGCCAACGGACAGCCCACCUCCACCACCAGUUCUUCCUCCACCGCUGGCGGCCCCAGUGCUGCUGGAAACGGCAGUACCAGUAGCGGAGGCGGAGCCCAGGCGCCUCAGCAGCAACCGCGCUACAUGCCGAGAGAAGUGCCGCCGCGAUUCCGCUGCCAGCAGGACCAUAAAGUGCUACUGAAGAGAGGUCAGCCGCCACUGUCCUCAAUGCUGCUGGGAGGGGGAGGAGGAGGGGAUGGCCCAAAUGCAAACAUGGCUGCUGUCACAGAUUCUGGUGCAGCUGCCCCCUCGUUGGCCCACACCUCAUCAUCAGCUGCUGCUUCUACUACUACUUCUAAUUAUGCAAAUUCCAUGUGGGGGGCGAGCUCAGCCAGCCAGACCUCCUCUCAGGGCAGGGAGAAGGUGAUUGUCGAUGGCAACGACCUGGAAGAGUGGCCUAGCAUCGCUGGCAGUGAUGGGGGAGCAGCUUCAUUCACCAGGGUUGGAGGGGGCAGCAGCAACAAUGGAAUGCCUGUGAACAGCAUCAGUGCCUCUGGCAACCAUUCCUCACCCACUUCCUCGUUCUCUUUGCCCAAUGAAUGUAUGCAGUCGUCCAAUGGUGUGGCAUGGGGGACGGCUGCCUCGCAGGGUCAUCUUGGAGGAGGGAAUUCGGUAGCUGCAGCUGGGCCUCUGCUACAACAGCCCUCCUCACUUUCCAAAGCCUCCACUGUGCCAGGGAGCCAUGAUGCCAGUGGCCCCGUCGACGGAAGCAGUGGGAUUCCAGGUGCCAACUUCAAUCCAAAUGCCAACCCUUCGGCCUGGCCUGCCCUUGUGCAGCAGGAUGGGCCUGCUGCUGCAGGGGAAGGAGGUCAGUCUUCCUUCCAUCACCAGGGCCCUGGAGGGUCUUUGUCUGCCAACAACUCCACUUCCCUGGGGCUGGGAGGUGGGGCAGUCGGGGUGCUGGGGGGUCACCCAUCAUUAUCUGUGAAUCAAUCAAGCACCCAUCAGCACCAACUUCACCAAAUGCAAUCCAGAGACAGAGAGAUGGGAGGGGGGAAGUGGGACAGCGAAUCAGCGGGACCAAAAAUCGCAGGUGGGGAAGGGAUUGGAGGAGGAAUGGACCGUGGUGUGGGAGGAGGCGGGAUGAGUGUGGGAGACCAUAACCUUGCCUCCUCAUGGAGAGGCCAGCCUUCUUACCCUGCAGCUAACUCCAAAACGGGUGCCUCGAGGACUGAUGGAUGGGAGGUAGGAGGAGGAGUCACAGGGGGAUUCAGAGCUGCUGAAGGGGAUAAUGGGACCUCAGGUUGGGGGUAUCAGAGUUCCACGAGUGGGGUUAAUGCUUGGGGCAGUGCUGGAACUGGGGGAAACAGUAGUCAAAAUUCUGGGGUAUCUCAGGGAGGGUGGGGGUCAUCAGGAGGAGGAGAGAGAGGAGUGUCUGGUGGUGAUUGGGGUGGGAGCUCCACUGGCAUUGGGGGAGCUAAUCCAGGAGGAGAGGGAAUCAGUGGAGCUUGCAGCAGUAACAGCAGCAGUAGUGGGGGUAGCACGGCUGGCAACCCCCCUGCCACCUCCUCGUCUUCCUCAACGGCCACCACUAUGACCAGAGUCUGGGACAAUCAGAAGGGAGAGGGUGAAACUGGGGAAUGGGGUGGGGGAGUAGGACAGGGAGCACAGGGAGGAUCUUCAUCCAGUGGCGGAAAUUCCAGAAAUGGGAGCGGACCUAACAGCAGUCAAAGUCGUCCUCGCCGCCCGGCACCUAAUACUGAAGCUGCCUUACAGAAUCUUCUAAGCCGGCCUGAUCUGGACCCACGGGUCCUGUCCAACACAGGCUGGGGCCAAACACAGAUCAGACAAAAUACAUCCUGGGAUGACGAAGAACAGGGAGGACAGAAAAAAGGUGGAUUGUCAUCAGCUACAUCAAAGCAUCCAUCUUCUCUUGGUAGUUCUUCUCAGUAUACUGGUGGACCCAGGACCCUAGCCACUGAAUCAGUGGGUCCAGGGGUCAAUCCUUCCCUGGCUCCAUCUGCUGGGUCCUCCGGAGAGGGUUGGGAAAGCAGCAGCAACAGUAGCAGUAGUGGGGCCUCUCUGUCUGGGAGAGCCCCACCACCUUCAGGCCCCAACUUGAGGAAUCUUGGCGUCUCACAAUCUGGGCCAGUGACCACAACAGGACUGGGAAUGGGGUCAGGGGUAAUACCAAGACAUAACCAGCAGGGGAAGCUUACAGGCUGGGGUGGAGAAGGGAUGGGAGCUGGAGAUGGCCAGGAUGCCAAGGGUUGGGGGAAUGAGGAAUGGAAAGACAGAAGUAGAGGAGGAAAUGGAGGAGGUAAUGGAGGAGGAUGGGGCGAUCUUGGGCAUCAGGGUGAACCAGUGAGUGGAGGCUGGGGAGGAAAUCAGGAGGAGAAAGGGGCAGGGAGUUGGAAAGACAUGGGUGGCAAUGGAGGAGGAAGCGGGUGGGGAUCAGGACAGAAGGCCGGGGCAGGAAGGGACUGGGGUGCGCAAGAGUCCAAAUCAGACAGUGGAGGAGGUGGAUGGGAGGAUGAGAGGAAGAAUGGAGGCGGAAACUCAGGUGGGGAUACAGGUGCGGGUGGUUGGGGAAAUUGGGAUGAUAGUGCUCCUCGGAGAACCUGGGGAGCAGGGGGCACAGGAGGAAGAGGGAGUGGUGGAGGGGGUAUGGGUGUUGUUGGGGGUAUGGGGUCCAAACCCCAUCAAAAUUGGAGUGGAGGAAACAAAAUGCACCAGAUGCCAAACAGCCAGUUGGGCUCCAUCACAGGCCCUCAGGCACAACUGCAACAGCAACAAUCACAGCCCCGCAAUCAGCAUCCACAGCUGCAGCAAGCGUUGGACCAAGGGGCUAUGCAAGGGGGCGGGGGGAGGAAACCCAUCACUCAAGCCCAGAAUCAGAAUCAGAACCAAAGCUCAGGCUGGACCUCGGGCCCCAUCCCUGGUGGCCCCGGAGGAGGUGGAAGUGGAUCUGAACCAAGCGGCUGGGAGGAACCCUCGCCGCAGUCUAUAAGCAGGAAGAACGAGAUAGAUGAUGGAACGUCAGCGUGGGGAGACCCAACCCGUUACAACUACAAGCCAGUCAACUUGUGGGAUAAGAACAGCGCCCCUGCUGGUCAGCAGCCGCAUGCUCAAGGUCAGGUCCAGCAGCAGCAGCAGCAGCAGCAACAACAGCAACAACAACAACAACAACAGCAGCAGCAGCAGCAGCAGCAACAGCAGCAGCAGCAGCAGCAGCAGCAACAGCAGGGACCUCCAAUACAGCAGCAGCCUAGCAGGCAGGCUGCAGGGCUCGGAGGUAACAGAGACUUCAACACUGGCCAUGGACCAGGGAAAGCUUCUGCUAUGGAUCCGUCAGGUUGGGGUGGUGGUACUUCUCCAACUAGUCCUACAUUAGACAAUGGCACAGCAGCGUGGGGGAAGCCUACUGAUGCCCCUACUGGCUGGGGAGACCCUGACAAUGCUGGAGGGAAGACAGCAGGCUGGGGCAACCCUUCUCCCAACCCCAUCAAAUCUGGAUCAAAGUCUAUGCAAGAGGGCUGGGGCGACAAAGAAAGUUCUGUGGCAGCCUCGCGUCACUCGAGCUGGGAGGAUGAGGAAGAGGGAGGCGGCAUGUGGAACAGCACUGGCUCCCAAGGAAGUGGCUCAUCUUGGGGACAGGGAAGCAACGGGGGCUGGGGACAGAGCCACGCUGGGAAGAAGCCCAGCAACAAGGGUCCACUGAAGGCUGGUGGAGGAGACUCGUGGAUGAGCCCCAUCAACAGACAGUUCUCUAACAUGGGGCUGCUGAAUGAUGAUCCCAGUGGCCCAAACAUUGACCUGGCUCCGGGUUCUCUUCAGGAGAAGAAGAUGGAGGCAGAGAAAAGAGGCAUGGGCAUGAAUGAUUACAAUGGAGACAUGAGGAAGGCCGGAAGAGGAGGAGGAGGAGGAGGAGGGGGGAUGCCAUAUCGUCCACCUGUUUCAAAAGAGGCAGCACCUGGGGAUCCUGGGUCUUACUAUGACAAGACCUUGCCUUUGACCAAUCAGGAUGGGUGUCUUGGGGAGGAGGGUCCUUGCUCUCUGUACUCACCACCCACUGUCUACAAGCCCCAUUCCCUCUUCAACCACACUAUCCCUUUUAGACAAGGCGGCCACAGUAUCUUUGGCAGCGGUGGAGGGAUGGCCCAGUCAAGACACCAGCCAAGUGUCCCACCCAUAAACCAGUCCCCAGGGAUACGAGCGCAAGUGCCUCAUCAGUUCCUGUCACCUCAGGUGCCGGGCUCCGUGGUGAAGCAGAUGCCCCCUCCCAGCGGGAGCGUGGGGGGUGUUGGCAGUGUGGGAGGAGUGGCAGGGGUCGGGGGAGGUGUGUUCCCUCCGCAGCUGUCCCCCCAGCAUAUUGCCAUGCUCAGCAGCAUCUACCCACCCCAUAUUCAGUUUCAACUGGCAUGUCAGCUCCUCCUCCAGCAGCAGCAGCAGCCACAGCAGCAGCCACAGCAGCUCCUGCAAAACCAGAGAAAAUUCCCGCCAAAUGUGCGGCAGCAGGCUGACCCUCAGCAGUUGGCCAGGAUCAUGGCAGUGCUCCAGCAGCAGAGGCAGCAGCAGCAGGUCGGAGCUUUAGGCAGCAGCUCCAAACUCUCCCCUUCUCACCAUGUUGGAGUUGGAAUGGGGGGUCCCAAAUUGCCUGUGGCUGAUCCCUUGCCCCAUCCAGGCUUGUCAGGAUCUGUGGCUGACAUGCACCAUAAAACUCUCGGACCAUACACUGGGUUUGGUUCUGGGGUGAACCUCCCAGGUCUGGACCUGGGUGGGUCUGUCUUGGGGGGGCCUGGGGGCAUGAAGGACCUCGGGGGUCAGCAGUCACGCUUCAAAUGGAUGAUGGAGGGACACUCUUCUCCAGACACAACCUCACCUGAGAAUGCAUUCCAUAAAAAUGGUCCUAUCACCCCCAUUAAGAUGCCAGGGGGCUCGCCCUACUCUCAGUACGACAUGAUGGUUGGAGACGGACUGGGUGACAACUGGCAUCGCACCCCUGGCAAGAUGAUCAACAAGCCUGCUACCACAACCAGCUGGCCACCUGAGUUCCAGCCUGGUGUUCCCUGGAAGGGGAUUGAUCGCGUGGACCCUGAAUCCGACCCCUACAUGACCCCAGGGAGCAUGAUGGGAAAUUCAGUGUCCCCCAGCCUCAAUGAUACUGAUCACCAGUUGUUACAAGACAAUACAGAUUCCACCCCUCCCCUCAACACCUUGCUGCCUUCACCUGGUGCCUGGCCCUACAGUGCCUCAGACAGUCCCCUCAACAACGCACACAACUCAGCAAAGUACACAGACUACAAGACCAGCUGGCCCCCAGAGCCCAUCGGACACAAGUCCUGGAAAGCCAGCCGUGGCAACAGCCAGACCCAGUUCUCCCGCCCCCCUCCAGGACUAGCCAGUCAGAAGCAGCCAUCAUCUUCCCCUUGGUCAGGAGGAGGCCCUCGACUGGCCGGCAGGGGCUGGGGCGGAAGCUCCAGCACCACUGGCUCAGCUUGGAGUGACGGCAGCUCUCGGGAAAGCUGCUGGUUGGUGCUUAGCAACCUUACACCGCAGAUUGAUGGCUCUACACUGAGGACCAUCUGCAUGCAGCACGGUCCCCUGCUGACCUUUCAUCUUGGCCUGACCCAGGGCACAGCUCUAAUUCGCUAUGGCUCCAAACAGGAGGCAGCCAAGGCCCAAAGUGCACUCCACAUGUGUGUUCUGGGUAACACCACCAUCUUGGCGGAGUUUGUGAGCGAGGAGGAUGUGGCCCGCUACAUUGCACAUUCCCAGGCUGGAGGAACAGGUAACGGAGGAACCACGGCCGGCUCUGCAGGCUCCGGGCCCACGGCAUCCUCCGUGGUGGGGGCCAACAGUAAUGGAGGCAGCUGUGAGAGAGGAGUCAGCAGCGGGGGAGGUGGAUUAGAAGGAGGAUCCACAGCUGGGGGAGGAGGAAAUGGGGGAGCCGGGCCCACCAGCUCCGGGUGGCAGAGUCUGGACAGCACAGGCAGCUCAUCGGACCAGUCCGCCACCCAGGGCCCCGGGCUGGGCAUCUUUACCCAGUGGAGCAAUGGGAGCGGGAUGGGUGGGGCUGGAGGUGUGGAGGCUGGAAGACAGGGCCUGUGGGGGGGGGUGGGGGGGAUGGGCGGGGCGGGGUACCCCAGCAGUAGCCUCUGGGGUUCCCCAGCACUGGAGGAUCGUCACCAGAUGGGCAGCCCUGCCUCGCUGCUUCCAGGGGACCUGCUGGGCGGGGGGGCCGACUGACAUACAAAUAAACAUUUUACACCCAAGUCAUAAUACAUGUGUCACACUCUGUACUUAUUUACAUGCAGAGAUGACGUGAAUUAAAGCUACACUGGUCCCCCAACAUGCAGAAGCUCAAUAUUCAUACUACACACAGGCUACCUUCAGUACAUGCAUACAGGAUUUUCCCACACACAUCGAACCGCAUUACUUUAAAUGAAGACAUCAGUUAAAACUUGAACCGGGGGAAAAGGUGAAAUCCAUUCAACUGUUUAGGACUCAACUUGACAGCUUUGUCUUUUUACUCCGAAUCCCAUCUGCAGUCAGAGACCCAGUCACUCAGGCAUGCACUGUAGACAGGCUCAGCCAGAGUCGUACACGUCAACAAGUUUAGCUAUUGCUGUUUUUAGUGUGCCACAUAUAUUUUUUUUCUUUUGUAAUAAUAUGUAAUGGAUGAAUCUCAAAAUUCAGACUUGCAAACUGAGCCCUCGUAGACCUUGCAGGCGUACUUCUGACUUCUCAUGUUUGGAGGCUUGAAAGUGGUGGAAGGAUCCGGAGUCUGUCGAAAAGUUUUGGGCGGCGCCACACUACUGAGUCAAAUGGACGAUCAGCAACCGUUGCGGUGUGGAACAGGAGGGUGUUUCUAGUAGGUACUGACACCUCUACCUUGGUGGAAAUAUGCCAUCAACAUGGGACCCAGGGUUAAAAAAAAAAAAAUCUUAACAAAAAACAACAUUAGCCAAACUUGCACUAUAUGCCUUUGGGUUUGUUGUUGACACAUCAUCCACAAAUCCCUCCAUCUUUGAAACAGAGCUACAACACAACUACACAGACCUUGCAGGACAACUAAAUGUUACAACAGCAGUGGCCUUGGCUAACUCCCAGCGGCCGCCUGCCAUGUCAGCAGCAUCACACCUUCUCAUCAGUUACACACUGCUCUUAUAUUUGACAAGCAAAAUUGUAUCUCCUUGUUGGUGUGCGUUGGUUGUUAAUCAUCAUAUAUUUUUUUCUGUUUUAAAAGAAAAAGACAAAUGUGUGAAACUUUGUGGAAAUCCAGAGAUGUCCUCUUUUUUUUGUUUUUCUUUUUUGCCCUUCAAACACUGACCUCGCUGUUAUAUUUUUUCUUACUCGAGAAAAUCAAGUUGGUUAUUAUAUAUUGUCAUGAUGUUGAUGAUGACUAGAUCACUUAUUUACUCGCUGUACAAGGUGCCCUCCUUGCCUGCCUGUGUGUGCAUGAAAGGAGUGUCGACAGGAUGACCGAAUGGCGGAGGAUGCGAUGAAGACGAUGAGGAUGAUGAUGAUCGGGAGUGUCUAUGUUAUCGCUACAAUGUUGAAUGUGUUUUUUUUUUCUUGUCCAUGAGAGAUUCAUGAGAAAUUUUGGUGUGUGUGAGAGAGAGAGAGCGUGGAUGGAUGGAUGUAUACACGUUUUUGUGCUUGACUGACUGUUGUGAUAGCUAAAAAGUUCAAAAACAUCGGCACUAUUGCAUAUGUCUCUUAAGUUGUUUUUUUUAGCAGCAUUUUGUUCCUGUUUGUAUUUUUUUUUGUUUGUCAAAUGCAAUAAGAGAAUGAUAUUUUGUUUUUAAGACGAAGCAACCAACUGAAGGCAUUUCUGUUAAGAUGCCAAAUCCUACCAUUACCAAGCUGAGCUGGAACAGUGUUUUACAGACACGUUAAAAGACAUUAUACAUAUGUUUUCCUGUUUGUUUAUUAUGUAUCAAUUUAAAUUAAGUCAGUCUUUAUUAUCAUUCCUGUUCAGGAUGUUUUCAUUUAUCUCAGAUGUUACAAAAAAAGAGAGGAAAUUAAUUUAAAGCAGAAAAGAACAAGAUAAUAAAGGUUGAAUUGAA